AUGGAAACAGCGCGAACGCCGCCGCAGCAGCAGCAACAACAACAACAGAUGGAGAAGGAAACGCCAGCUGGCAAUGCCAGCGACGCCGAGACAUACGAAUCGACGCACGUGCAUGCCGUGUACGAAGCCAUCGCGCCGCACUUUUCGUCGACGCGACACUCGCCAUGGCCCCGCGUGGCCGCCUACCUAGAGGCUCAGCGCCCUGGGGCCGUUGGGCUCGAUGUCGGGUGUGGCAACGGCAAGUAUCUCGACGUCAACCCUGCGCUGCACAUGCUGGGGUCUGACCGAAGCAGUGAGCUUGUGCGUCUCGCACGCAGUCGCCGCGGCGGCGCCGGCAGCAAUGCCACCUCUAAUACUCUAAAAACAGUUUCCCCUUUGCCAGCGCAGAAGAGUGAUGCUCCUGAGAACGCAGGAGACGAUUGUGGCUGUAUUAACGGGGGCAACGAGGUCGCUGUCGCCGAUGGCCUUGCCCUGCCCUACCGCCACGAUGCAUUUGACUUUGUUAUUUGCAUCGCCGUCGUACACCAUCUAUCUACAAGGGGACGCCGCGUGGAGGCCAUCAGUGAGCUCCUGUCGAGGCUCCGGCCCUCACACACCACGGCAGAGCUGGCCAGCAGCACAUCAGACGGUGACGACACCGCCGCCACGAAUCCGACGCCCCCAACGGCUGGGGGCCAGCGCAGCAGCACAAAGGCCACCGGUCUGGUGUUUGUAUGGGCACUAGAGCAGGCGAGCAGCCGGCGCGGCUGGAGCGAGGGCAGCGAGCAGGACACGUUGGUGCCCUGGGUGAUGCGGGCCAAGGGCCGCCCCAACGAGACGUUUCAACGCUACUAUCACCUGUACAAGAAAGGCGAGCUCGAGGAGGACAUUGUCGCUGCAGGCGGUGUGGUCGAGGAAAGUGGCUACGAGCGCGAUAACUGGUGGGCAGUCUUUAGCCGGCCCCAGUCGUAG